AUGGUUGGAGUUCCGGCGGAAGACACUACAAUAGCCGGCGCCGCGGUAUUCAAACCCGAGCAGAAGAGGAGAGCCGACAACAUCUGCAAGAAAGGGACGGAUGGCAGUGGCUUCAUUGAAGGGACAGUUUUCAGUCUUAACUCAGCGGCAGACGGGUACCUGGACCUUCAGUUGACGGUAGAGCUUGGACUACGCAUACAAGUCCUGCUUUCAGGCUGCAUCCCUGCGAACCACCGUCUUCCUCUCAAUGUUGGGACGAAGCUAUGUCUUGCUUUGCGUGGCUCUAUUUUGGAAGACUUGCCAAAGUCAAACCAUCCGAAACCUUUGCUGCCGAAGCGACUCGUUUGGCGCGACGGUGUGAUUCUUCAUGCUAAGCACCACAAGACCGGCGACACCGCAUUCUAUAGUACAUGGGAUGACGACUCGGAUAGCAAAAUCGUCUUCCCGACUCCUAUGAUAUCGAAUGCAUCACAUUCCACUUCAACUGUACCCAGAGAGCGUCCAAGAACACCUCCGCAAACCGUCGAACAUCAAUCCAGGACACCUCCAAAACCUCACGCCCACGAUAGUAAUAGCAACAGUGAAAGAAACACCCCAGACCAGCCUUCUACCGUGUCUCAUUCAUUAACAGUUGUGAUGGACGUGGAGCCCCGUCCCUCCGCUGCGGCUACAUCGAUUGGAGCCGUGGAUGUGUCAAGCGUCGAAGAUCCUUCGAGAAGACUUCCUUCGCUUAUAACCGCCUGUACUUCGUCAAGGGAUGCAGGCAAACGCCACGAACGGCCUCUUCCUCGAGAAUUAGACAAUUCGAAGAGGCAGCCCGCUCCGAAGUCGCCAAGACAUGGCGCAAAAGCUGAGGCUAAACAUCUACAUAACCAGAAACGACGUCAUAAGAACAUGGCGAGCCGCUGGGCAGGUAAAACAGGUGCACCCUCCGCGGCGACUCCAUCAGAGAACGAGGACGAACGGUAUCUCUGGGAAAAUACUGAAGACAUACCCGAUGAAGUGUUCUGUGAGUCCCACCUUUUGGAGAACGGCCAUGCUGGGGAACAUGCUGUGAAGCCGGACAACAUCCCGCCCAUCCGUGAUCAGGCGGAGAAGGAGCCCCCACAAUGUGAGGCGGAAACCCCAUCCAACAACGUCUCUCAAACUGGAGCUUCCAACGAGUACGUCAUGGUGCGUAUAAUUUUCAUAGUAAUCAUCUUUAUCGAAAUCUCUCAUGCGAAAGUUCCAGCGCAUGUUUACACCUCUUAUUCAAGCGGUGCAAGGAGCGGUCGUCAACAUUAUGGGUAUUGCAGAGGGCUCGGGUCAGACCAAAAAUACGAACAGCGGAGGUGGGUAGUUGACCCUGCUACCUCUUCAACGACAACUGACAUCCGUGAAGAGUUCAUGCUAAGGAUCCGUCUCUUUGAUCAGACGAACGUUUCUACAAGAAACGGUCUCGGGGUCAGUUUGUUCGAUAAAAAGCAGCUUCCUCCGAAAAUCGAAGCCGGCGACGUAGUGGUGUUGUGUUCUUUGACUGUCAACUCACGAUAUACUCAGGUUGACGGUUACGGUACGGCAGUCGGGGCCUCUUACAAGGGUUGGUCUUGGGCAGUGUACCGACAUGCUACAGGGAGAAUGACGUCAGCAGAAGGGCAGUCCCGACACCUCGGCCUGGCGAAAAGCGAGAUGCGUCAAUGUCUCGAGUUGGCCGACUGGUGGCGUGGUCAGAAUGUGGUUCAAUUGGGCCCUGAGACAUCCUCCUCUCGUAGCGAGAGAUCACACUUGCUCAUCAGCGACGUGCUGCAGGACAUAUUCUUCGACUGCACAGUCGAGGUCGUGCACACCGCCAGGAUGGACGAACGUAACUUCGCCGUAUAUGUCACGGAUUACACGCGCAACGAACACACAAACCACACUCAUGGAGAUUGGUGCCCAGCGAAGCUUGCUCCUUUCGUCCUUCAAGUGGAGUUCUCUAUGUCCUCGUACGACGUUGCGGCGGAGAUGGAAGUCGGUCGAUAUUACGCUAUACACAACAUGAAAUCCAAGUACGGCAACAGAGGCUACAUGGAGGGACGCAUGCAAGAAGGCAGAAAGAUCAAGAAGCUCGAUGAAGAUGAGCUGGAGUUCCACCCCGAGCUUGUCGAACUGCUGAAACGCAAGCAUCAGUGGGUUGCAUCGUCUGGAGACCCCGGUCUUGUCGCCGAAUUCCCGCAUCAACUUAUCAAUGAGGCCGAAGAGAAUCACCAUUUUAAUUGCACCGUUGAGGUCGUACACCUCUCCCUGUCAAAUUCGUCCGUCAUCUACGUUACCGAUUACACUUCACGCUCAGACCUCGUUCCCAUCGCUGCCCACAUCGCCUCAGAAUCACUCGCUGGCCGCGUCGUGCGGAUCAAUCUCUUCGACGCGCAGGCCGAAGUUGCGCAAGGCCUCGCUGCUGGCGACUUUAUCUCCAUUCGCAAUCUCCGCCUCAAAACAACAGGCAGCCCAUUUCUCAGCGGCAAACUCGGCGGCCCCCAGCGGCUCAUCAGGAAGCUGAACCCAAAGGCGAAGGGGAACGCCGAACUGCAAGCGCUUUUGAAGCGGAGAGAAGAGAUGCUGGCGACUCGAACAGAGAAGGCGACGAAGGGGAAGCAGCGCCGCGAACGCGAGACCGACGCGUCGCGUGCGAGCGCAGAUGCGUUUGUCGACGAGCCUCCCCGGAAGCAGGCUCGCAAGGACCACAGAGCAUCUCUCGCCGCUGUCAAGGCGGACAAUGCCUGCCCUGCUGUGUUCCGCGUGCGGGCACGAGUGGUCGACUUUUACCCGGAUGACCUACAUGAAUGGGCGGUCUACAGGUGCACAAGUUGCCAAAUCACCCUCCCGAAGUCUUACCGACGAUGCGCCAAAUGUGAUGAUGUUAUGGACGACGAUACCGCUGUGGAGGGAUUCUUCCAGAUUUGGUUCCGUAUUGAAGAUGAAGAAGGGACUACUCUGGAUGUUUCCGUGUCAGACGAGAGGGGUUCCGUGCUGAAGGACAUCACACCAGAAGACAUGCUCGAAGAUGAGGACGCGUUUGAACAAGUUGUCUCUCGCAUUUCACCCCUUGUGGGUGAACUUUUACUGGUGGAGGACGGGGAAGCUUGUCAUAAUGUCGCAGCUAAGGCUAACCCCGGGCCGUGGUUGGAUCUUACACUCGGCAGUUGGUACCUAGAAGCUGAUACAACUGACUUACGUGCAUAUCUGGUGUUAAAGCACUCAGAAGUCUGA